CCGCGCUCCGCCGAGGUCGGCCCCGGGGCGCCGAGAGGCGUGGCCGGCCUCGGCGGACCCUGGAGGCGGCCAUGGCCUCGGUGGUGGAGUACAAGGGGCUCAAGGCGGGCUACCACUGCGGCUACUGCGACUCCGAGGAGGGCAAGGUGUCCUGCGGCAUGUGGGCACACUCCAUGACCGUACAGGAUUAUCAGGAUCUCAUAGACCGAGGAUGGCGGAGAAGUGGAAAAUAUGUGUACAAGCCUGUCAUGAAUCAAACAUGUUGUCCCCAGUACACGAUAAGGUGCCGACCUUUACAGUUUCAGCCAUCAAAAUCACACAAGAAGGUUUUGAAAAAAAUGUUGAAAUUUCUGGCCAAAGGGGAAAUUUCCAAAGGAAAUUAUGAGGAUGAUCCUAUGGAGCCCACCAUGGAGGACACCGUUGCUGGUGACUUUGGAUUAAUAAAUAAAUUGGAUAUACAGUGUGACCUUAAAACGCUCAGCGGUGACCUCACAGAGAGCUUUGACAGUGAAGAAAAGAAGAAAGGAAAAAGCCCAAAGAAGGGAGAAUCUAAUGAAUUCAUUCAGUCACAAGAUAUAGAGGAGAAGUUGGGCUCUGGUGAGCCAUCACAUCCGGUUAAAAUGCCCAUGGCUCCUAAGCCAGGCAAAGGAGCAGAUUUGAGUAAGCCUCCCUGUCGAAAAGCAAAGGAAAUCCGGAAAGAAAGGAAAAGGUUAAAACUGAUGCAGCAGAACCCGGCUGGAGAACUUGAGGGUUUCCAGGCUCAGGGUGAACCACCGUCUUUGUUCCCACCAAAGGCUAAUAAAUCCAACCAGCCCAAAUCGCUCGAAGAUUUAAUUUUUGAAUCUUUACCAGAGAAUGCAUCACACAAGUUGGAGGUGAGGGUGGUGAGAUCAUCUCCACCAAGUUCUCAGUUCAAAGCCACAUUUCAGGAGUCUUACCAGGUCUAUAAACGUUACCAGAUGGUUAUUCACAAGGAUCCACCUGAUAAGCCAACUGUGAGCCAGGUGAGGUUAGUACCUGUCUCCUUUGAGGACCCAGAGUUCAAGUCGUCCUUCAGCCGGUCAUUUUCUCUAUAUGUCAAGUAUCAAAUGGCCAUACACCAGGACCCGCCCGAUGAGUGUGGGAAGACUGAGUUCACAAGAUUCCUUUGCAGCUCACCUUUGGAGGCGGAGAAUCCCCCUAAUGGACCAGAUUGUGGUUAUGGCUCCUUUCACCAGCAGUAUUGGCUUGACGGGAGAAUCAUUGCUGUGGGGGUGAUCGACAUCCUUCCAUACUGUGUGUCAUCUGUAUAUCUGUACUACGAUCCUGAUUAUUCAUUUCUGUCUUUGGGUGUCUACUCUGCACUACGAGAAAUUGCUUUUACGAGGCAACUUCAUCAGAAAACAUCUCAACUCAGCUAUUAUUAUAUGGGUUUCUACAUUCAUUCAUGUCCCAAGAUGAAAUAUAAGGGUCAGUAUAGACCUUCUGAUUUGUUGUGUCCUGAGACGUAUGUUUGGGUGCCCAUCGAACAGUGCCUGCCUUCACUUGAGAACUCAAAGUACUGCCGUUUCAACCGGGACCCAGAAGCAGUGGAUGAAGGUCGCAGUAAAGACCCUGACCGUUUGCAGGUGUUCCACAAGAAAGCCAUAAUGCCUUACGGCGUUUACAAGAAACAGCAGAAAGACCCGGGCGAGGAGGCCGCUGUGCUGCAGUACGCGAGGCUGGUGGGGCAGACGUGCUCCGAGCGGAUGCUGCUGUUCCGGAACUGAACCCACGCCGCUCCCGCUCCCGCCCGGGCACCCACCCUGUGCCCGUGACGCGCGCCGCCCGGUACAUGCCCCUCCCUCCGGGGACGUUCCGGACCCGCCCACAGAUUAGACUUUUUUAUUUUGACUAUUAUAUGGCUUUUCUAAAAUAUUUUGUGGCAAUGUAUUUGUGAGAAUCUCCUGGUUAAUACAAAGAUUUUAAAAAUACGUCAUGACCUAGCCUCAUAAUUGGGGCUUAUCAUUUUGGAAGUUUGUUUUAUGAGCAAGAUACAGUAUAAACUUCUCAUGUUACUAUUUUGGAAAGUAAAAUUAGUAAGUGGAUCUUAACUAAUUUAAAUCACUGUUGUGCUUUUUUUGUCAAAGAAAUUACAACAGACUUCUCAGAUCCAUUCAACACAUUAGUUUACGCUACGAAACCUUACGUGUGGGGAGGACAGUGAGGGGGUCUGUCUCACCACUUAGAAAACGUCUUCUCAGGAGAACAAGACUGUGUUGUUAUUCGGUGUUUAGUAUUAAAUUGCUGCUGAAUGUUACGUAGUUAAUAGAAAACUCAAAAGAAUAUAAACAUUGAAGAAAGGAUGUCAUGUGAACAUCAGAUACUCAUUUACCCAGGACAGUCCCCAUUGUGUCUGUUGUCUUGAUGGGAUUAGUUUUUCCUAGAACGAUUACUACAAGAGUAUCCCAGUUUGGACAGCAAAAUAUAUGGUUACCCUGGUUGUGUAGAUGAUUUGCCGUAUUUCUAAAAAUCUAAGAAGUGGAGUUUUCUUUGUGUUUGUUUCGGUUUUUUCAUUUUGUUUUUGUAAAAUAUUGGCUCCUGCCUUGGCCUAGUAAGACCCACCAGAAGUAAACAUACACUAAAUUUUUCAUUCCUUCGAACUCAGGACACUUGUCUUUGGUUGCUGAUUAAAAAUUAGUUAAUAUCGGACUACUAGCUGCACUACAAGUCACACGUAACGAAGCACAGGCAUCAUUCUGACCUCUGUUCCGGGGCAAGAGGUGAACAAUCCGUGCCUUGCCCUCUGGUUUGCGAGUCACGGAGCAGGUGCUGCACUCGGGAAUUUGAGGCAGAGGCCGGCUUCUUUUUUCCCCUCUCACUUGCUUUUGUUUGGCCCCUCACCCAGUCAGCCAGUGUCCCUCGUCCACCACCGUCAAGGUGACAGGCACUGUGCCAGGAAGGAAGAGGAGACUCGCACGUCAGUUUGUAGUUAGAACUGAGUUGUGUUGGAGACCAUGAGCGACAGAGCAGCUUUGGUUUCUUGUGCUCUGUAUCAGCUCCUCCCCGUCUUCUGCAGCCAGCUGCUCGGCCACUAGUUCAUUUCAUACCGCAUUUUGCCUCUUUUCUAUUGAUCUUUUUUAAAAAAAUGCACGUAUUAUAAAAGUUAGUACUUGGAAACCCACUACUGAUUUUAAACUUUUCUCCUAAAUGCACUGAUUUUAGAUAAAACAUUAGGAAAUAAUUUCAGUUAGCUAAGGGAAAGAUCCUAAAACAAUGAUUUUAAAAAUCACAUGUCUAGAAAUUCAGCAUCUAAAUAAACCGUGUAUUUAUUCAUUCAGAUAGGGUGUGUGUGUGUGUGUGUGUGUGUGUGUGUGUGUGUGUGUGUCUGUGUUAACACCUGCCAUGGGCAGGUACCUGGCUAACUGAAGAUAGGGUAGCGAGAAAAGCCAUUUUUUCUGAUAGCGUGGGUUUAGCAUUCUUCUGGAAUUUUGUUCCGCAAAAUAAGUCUCCCAAGAGUAUUUGAUAGACUCGUAUUUGGAACUGCCUUCAGAGUCUAUAGAACUUUUUUUUAUUUUUCCCUCUAAAAUGAAGACAGCUUGGGGCGCCUGGGUGGCUCAGUCGGUUAACCGUCUUGUCUUGACCUCGGUUCAGGUCAUGAUCUCACGAUCCAUGAGUUUGAGCCUCACGUCAGGCUCUGUGCUGACAGCUCAGACCCUGGAGCCUGCUUGGGAUUCUGUGUCUCCCUCUCUGCUCCUCCCCUGCUCAGGCUCUGUCCCUCUCUCUCUCAAAAAAAAAAAAAAUGAACAUUAGAAAAUAGUAAUAAAAUGAAGAUAGCUUAGUUGUUUUCUGAUGACAAAAUGGUACUCACUGUAAGCAAUUAAAACAUUAAUAAAACUAUAAAUUAGAAUGUAAAAAUAAUCUGAAAUUCUACCAUACCAGAGAAAGAGAGAAUUGUUCUAUAUAUCCACACGUAUGCAUGUAUAAUUUCAACAUAAAUAGAAUUAUGCUCCACAUGCUGUUUUGUGGACAUACCUGAAUUUUGAAAGAAGUUUCAGAAUAGGAUUUCAGAGGUGUUGUGAGUAAUCUCAGUACCAGUAAAGCCAGCAGGGUAGACUUGGUCCAUGGUACCCUUGGCCUUGGAAUGUCCUCGUCGUUAGGUGCUGCAUCACAUCUUAGCGAUUGGCAGGUAGAAGGGCACUGUUGACGAUCACAACUCUUGAGUAUCCCAUGAAGAGAAAACUGGACUCUUACAUCUUGCCACGAGCGUGGUUUCCUCCUGCAGAAUUCAGUUAAGGUUCCUUCAGAGGAAAGCGAUCAGUCACCCCUGUCGGGGAACCAUGGUGCUGCCCCUGAGGGGGACGUUCAAGGUCGGCCGCAGUGAACUGCCAGAGCCGGGCGCAAAGAUUCUUCUGCUCACUUGCUGCGUUCAUGUGCUGUUCUGGGAAUAGAUAGUGUAUUGAUCCUGAUGAGUUAAUUAUUUGUUCUUUUGAGCCCUAGCUGAGUGAGUAUUAAGAGUGCUAGACAAGGACAACAAGGAGAGCGACCCAGCUUUGUCAGUCGACAUGCAGUCUAGCUGAGAAAUCUGGUUUUAUGUUAAUGGCUUUCAUCCAAAGAAGGACACUCGAGAACCUUUCAAAGACAGUUUCUAUCUUUAUCUUUUCAAGGCUGGCAGCUGCACGUUUAGUCUCAGAGUUGUCGUCCCUUUCUGGAUUCAGGUGAAUUCACGUCUGCUGCCUCCUUGUCUUGGGAGCAGAAAUGAAAUCGAGAUGUCCCCAUGCUACCAUCUUUAUUUAAAUUCUUUCAGUUCUGUGAGAUUUUUGUUAUUUUUUUAAAUGUAAUCUGAGCACUUUUUUUAUAUUCUAUGAAAGAUAGAGGCUAUUACCAAAUGAAUAUAUUAUUCAUUUGAUUAAAAUUAUUUAGAUAAGGAACUGUUACUGUUUAUCUUUGCUUUCAGACAACUUAUCCUAUUUUUUAUCCAUUUUGCAAAAUAGCACUUGUGUGUGGUUUCUUAACACAUUGGAAUCUAUUCUGUAAAUGAAGCUUUUCAGAUUUCUGAACAGUAUAUGGUCUGAUUUUAUAGUCUUUAUACUAUUUCAGUAUGAAUAAAAAUGAGAAAGAAUGUGAUGACCAGUUAUCUAGAAUGUGUUGUUUGUUGCUAACUUUAAAGAAGGAAAUGAAAUGGAAAUAUAUGGGAAAUGUUUGAAUUAGAAGUUAUUCAAAUAUGUAUUCUUUUCCAAAAGAAAACCAGUGACUGUAAAGCAAAACAAGUUUGAUUGCAUGUGAUAUAUUUUUUUUUUUGCUCUCGUGUAUGCUUUUUGAAUAGUCCAUUUGAUAAAGCUUAAGUGGAAAAAAAUAAAGCUGUUUCUAUCCGCA